AUGGAGGACGAGAUGCAUCAAGACAAUGCUGCCGUCACCAAUUCCUCAAAGCGGCCUCAGACGCCUCCUCUUGAAUCCAUAAAUCGCCCUCGAACUCCUCCCACUGUUUCCACAAGACACGUCUCACGCGCAUCAAUGUCAGGUCAAGUUGGCAUGCCUGAAGAGUCGGAGGCUAUGCUACGCAAGAUGAAGGAUUUCGAGAACGCCGGGCGACAGCGUGAGAGGACUCCCGGCCGAAGUCCAAGCCGAAAACGUCAGCGAACCUACGGUGACCGCUUUAUCCCAAAUCGAGAUGGUCAGGAUCUCCAGGCCAGCUACAGUUUGCUACAUGACGACGGUUCACCUGCAACACCCUCAAGGUCCAAGAAGAAGACGCCUCAUGGAGAGCUGCACUUCCAGAAGACGGAAGAAGCCAACCGCACUUACUCUAAAGUUUUACGGAAUGAGCUGAUGGGGGACUCGGUACCGCAGGACAAUCGCUCCAUGUCACCGGACGGUCUCUUUGGCUCUAGACACACACCACCAAUUCAAGCCGCUUCAUCGCUACCACCGGCAUCGAUUACGCCAACUACUCCACACAAGAACAUGUUCUCGUACAUGUCGCCCCACAAGAAAAUCGGCUCUGGUCACCCGACGCCUUCGUCGAGAAACAAGCACGCGGGCAUCAUCAACCUCAACGCUCGAUCGGACCUCUACUCUGUUUCUCCACUCAACUAUUCUUCGCAAGCUAUCCUCCAAACUCCUAAGAAGCAGCCCCGACAUAUUGCCAAGGUACCUUACAAAGUGCUUGAUGCACCCGAACUAGCUGACGACUUCUACCUCAACCUCGUGGACUGGGGAUCCGCCAACAUCCUCGGUGUUGGCCUCGGAUCUUGUGUCUAUAUGUGGAACUCCACGACGGGCAAGGUGACGCAGCUGUGCAAAUUGCCAGACAACGAUCUCGUGACAUCAGUCGCUUGGAUUCAACGGGGUUCUCACCUAGCGAUCGGCACCCAUAAAGGCUUCGUUCAGAUUUACGAUGCCGAGAAGUCGAGGAGACUACGAACGAUGACGGGCCACACUGCCCGAGUGGGUGCUUUGGCUUGGAAUGACCAUGUUCUCACUUCUGGAUCACGAGAUCGACUCAUCUUCCAUCGCGAUGUGCGAUCUCCCGACCAGUAUCUUCGUCGUCUUGCUGGACACAAGCAAGAAGUUUGUGGUCUUCGAUGGAACACCGAAGAUGGCCAGCUAGCUUCCGGAGGCAAUGACAACAAAUUGUGUGUCUGGGAUAAGCUCACAGAGACACCGUUGUAUCGAUUUUCCAAUCAUGUGGCAGCUGUCAAGGCCAUCACUUGGUCGCCUCACCAACAUCAUUUGUUGGCGUCAGGUGGUGGUACCGCUGAUCGCUCUAUCAAAUUCUGGAACACGUCAACAGGCUCAUUGAUCAAGGAAGUUGAUACUGGCAGUCAGGUUUGCAAUCUUGCUUGGUCGAAGAACUCCGACGAAAUCGUUUCGACCCAUGGCUACAGCCAAAACCAGAUUGUAGUCUGGAAGUAUCCCAAAAUGGAGCAGGUUGUGAGUUUGACAGGCCACACUUAUAGGGUGCUUUAUUUGAGCAGCUCUCCGGACGGCACCACCGUUGUUACUGGCGCGGGCGACGAGACUCUUCGAUUCUGGCGUGUCUUUGGUAAGAAGGGUGGUGAGAAGAUCGGUCCCGUGGACGGACUGAGCCUUGGUGGUGGGAAGCUCAAUGACUGGGGCAGUAUUCGAUAA